AUGCGUCGCGUCGCUUCGGGGAUCGCGGGAUCCAUCGCUCGACGCGCACGGGACCUCGUCAGCUCGGAUCUCCGAGUGGGCACCUCGCCAGGGUUAGCCACCGACGCCCGACACUCGAGGAGCUCCCCCGACGUGCCCCCGAAGCACCACAGGAACCACCCGCGCGUCGCCGUGCCCUCGAAACUCACCGUCGAGCAGCUGCGAUCGGCGCCGUUCGAAUCGAACGCGCUGGAACCGUGCGGCGACGACGACGCGGCGACGAUGUCGCGACAGAUUCGCAAGCGACGCGCGUACCCUGUGGCGUGCGCGGCCAGGUGCAGGCACGGCUUUGCCCGGGCGUACCUCCACGCGCCCCUCCACGUCCCCGCCGCGACCGUGAGCGGUUUAGACGGCUUUCCCGGGGACGAGUCGGCACCCGGGCCGUCCCCGGGGACGCCGAACCCGGACGAGCCCGAGCCCCUGAAGGCGACGUCCAGUCGUCGCGGUCGAUCGAGGGGAUCGCGAUCGAAGGCCAAGGCUGCGCUCGCGUCGCCGAGCGGCGGGGCGCAGGCGGAACACGCGCUGGGCUGGCUCGCGUGCCCGCUCCUAGACCGCGAGGUGGACAAGCUGGAGCGAAGGGGGGGCAUAGACGCGAUGGCAAGUGUUAUAAGUCUCACGCCGUCGCUGUCGGCGGCUUUGGAGCGGGCGCAUCGAUCGGCGGUGUCCGUUCGGCAGUGGAUGCUGCCGUCUCAGUGGACCGAACGCGUGGAACGAAACGAACCCGGAUUCGAGCAAAUCAGGCACGUGCUGUUCCGCACCGGUCUCGUCGGCGUGUCGCUGGAUAAAGGUGAAGGGUUCGUCGGCGGAUGGCGUGGGAACAGGGUGAAGUGUCUUCACGCGCAGCUCGGCGACGCCCUGGUCAGGGGCGAAAACGCCAAUCCCGUCGGCGGGCUCGUCCUGCGGCGGCUCGUGGAGCUCGGGGUGGAGACACGCGGUUCCGCGGAGUGCUGGCGGGAGUGCGCGGCGAGCGACGACCCGAGACGUGACGCCUCGUAG